AUGGCAUUCGUAGAUAGUGUCCUUCGUCGGAUCGGUCAACCAUCAUAUCAUCUGUGCAUCAAACCCCAUGGUUCGGUCCUCAGCGGGGCUAGGGGCUUUUUCAGACUUCCUUCAGUUCCACGUUCUACUCAAACGACUCCUCACGAAGUUGAUAAAGUCGAAACCGAUCCCUGGUCUACCCAAAGUCGAUAUCGCAAGCGAGGUGGGGUUUUGAUUUAUGAGGUGACAAAGCGCUUACCGUAUUCGAAGAAACAACUGUACACUUUGAUCGCUGAUGUAGAAGCGUAUCCACAAUAUCUACCAUAUUGUCUUGGAUCAAAGGUCAUCAGUCAUAAAGCAUUGAACGAGAGCGAAUCCACGGACCAGGUGAACAAAGAUGACAAACCGUGGAUGCAAGGUGGAUACGCUGGGGAGACACAUCUCAUUCAACAGGAGCUUGUGAUCGGAUUCAAGGCCUUUGAAGAGCGUUACACAAGUCAGGUGGAGUGUCGAAAAUGGGAAAUGGUCAAAGCAACCGCAGGUGACUCCCCACUAUUCAAGUGUUUGACUUCGACUUGGACCUUCCGCUCACCUGAAGAGAUCUCAUCCAAGAAACUUCCUGCUAAUGAUGGUUCAACUUCAACUUAUAUCUCCUUACAACUCGCCUUCGCCUUUGCUAGCCCCUUACAUGCAGCUGUAGGAGAAUAUUUUUGGAAGAGUGUGAGUGAGAAGAUGGUCCUUGCUUACCUAGGAAGGAUUGAAAAAGUGUAUGGAAAACCAACUCACGAGGCUAGAGAAAGUCAGCUUAGCCAAGCCGGGUCACCACAAAUUGGUACUUCAUUGAAUGAAUCAGUGAUUGGUGUACAUCAUGGAUGA